AUGUCCGACAAACGCGAGCCAACGGCUUCUGAAGCCAUGUUCUUCUUCGCCAUCGUCAAGCACACCCGCAACAGGGCAGACAUCGACUGGGAUGCCGUUGCCCAGGAACAAGGUUUCAAGAACGCCGAGGUCGCCAAGGUUCGCUUUGGACAAGUCAGACGCAAGCUCGGCAUCAGCAUCGAUACGGCCACCACUCCAAAGAAGGGCAGCUCCUCUUCUGCCGCCUCGACCCCAAGCAAGGUCCGCAAGACGCCUACCAGCCGCGGCAAAGGAAAAGCCAAGGGUCGUGGCGGAGUCAAGAAAGAAGAGGAGGUCGACGCCGGUGCGGAAGCUAGCAUGGAAGCCAGCUAUGACACCAAUCCCUUUGAGUUGUCGUCUCCCAUCAAAGGAGAAGCCGACAACGUCGACCUCAAGGCGGAGGACCAUGAAGAUCCCUUCUAG